AUGCUCGAAGUUAUCUACGUAGUCAGACAUGGCUACCGCUCCAACUGGGUAGUCGACCCGCAGACAGGCGAAUACAGCUCCAAUGUUCGGACGCCCACCGGAAUACCUUCAGAUCCAGCACUGGCAUCUUACGGUGUUUUGCAAGCUCAACAACUAGCCGACCACCUCCUCCAAGUCGAGCCUCCCGUGGACCUUGUCUACAGCAGCCCUUUCUACCGUUGCAUCCAGACUCUGGCCCCUUUCACCGAUGCCCUUGCCCAACGCAAAGGCACGGACAAAGUCCGGGUGCAUAUUGAGCCUGGCCUGGGUGAGUUUUACGGACUUGCGCGCUUCGAUCAUCCUUCUCCCGCUACUAUCGAGGUUCUGAACACGCAUUUCCCGCAUCUAUAUGCCGAGAAGGACCCCGUCAUCGUGCCUUCGACAAAAGGCGAAAGCAUACCCCAACUUCACGACCGUAUAGCGUACUGCCUUCAUCAUCUCGUUAAACGCAUGGACACCGACCCUAAUGGACCGAAAGCGCUGCUGAUUUGCACGCAUGCAGCGGCUAUGAUCGCGAUUGGGCGAGCGCUGACUGGACGUAUGCCCAAAGAAGAGAGCGAGGAGGACUUCAAAUGCUUCACGUGCUCUUUCAGUAAGUUCACGCGUAGGCAGACCGAAGCGCAGGUGGCCCCUCAUGUGGCUCCGUGGGAGCCAGAGCAAGCGGAUUCGGUACCCGAUGUAGCGUGGCGGGAAGGAAAGGGAGUCGCGGGCGGUUGGAGCUGCGAAAUCAAUGGCGACUGCUCGUUUCUCCAGGGUGGCGAAGAGCGCGGCUGGUAAGCUACCUUUUCCCUCCUCUAACCUGUCUUUUCUGCCUCACUUUCCGAAACGGUCGCGUUAGGACGCACUUACGAGGUUCUCACCGCAUUAGGACCUUC